AGUGUCUGUCUCAACCGCGAUGGUUUUAUUAUCCUCUAACUGUGUUUUGUUGAGCACCUUAUCACUUAGGCGAGCGGAAAUCAAGGUGCGGACAAGUCAAGACAACUGGUAAAGUGCAAGCUAACGAGCGAGCUAGGUAGAAGCUAAUAAGGCUAACGGUACCGUUAACCGGUUCACGAGCACCGGCUGCCAAUCUCAGGGAUGCUGCUCAGUCUGUUUGGCUGGAGUCGGUAACUGUGGAUAAGUGAAUAUAAUGUAUUAACUGUUUAUUGCAUUGUCACAGUUUUACCCAGUCUUACAAGUACAGUGUCGAAUAUUUCCUCUGAAUGGCUGCGGGGGUUGGGGGUGUUAUGGCCCCCCCCUGCAUAUGCAUACACACACACACACACACACACAUUCACGUACACGCGCGCACACACACACACACACACACACACACAGCUUUGCCUGUAUUAUCUCACUAUCCAGCGUUUUAGCAGCUCCUGCGAGAUGGUUAUGAAUAUUAAAUAAUUAUGAUGGUUAUACUGUAUAUAUCUGACCAACUUGAGCUACAUCUGCAACUGGGUUGUGAACUUCCAGGGGUUAUUUAUAAUCUGAACUAAUGCUGGUCUAGACUGGCAUGCCACAUUUACAUUAGUGUAUAGGCUCUAAUGAUUUUGUUAAAAUAAUAUUUCUUUUGUAAACGUAACAACAAUUAAAAGACAGUUUUCUAUGAGCCUCGUCACCAGGCCUGUUGCAGCUGUGUGAAAUAGAAACAUAAUUUUCUCAAUUAACUAAUGAUGAGAUGCCUCUUUGACUCCGGACGACAACAAAAUAGAAAGGGAUGUACAAGUUAUUAAUAAGCCGCACGUAAGAUUGAUGUCCAUUUGAAUCAAAUAACGAACAACUCUAGGACAUUAAGUCACGUCUUAUCUGGACGUCACCAGUAUAGAAAUGCAUACAUGGAGAACAAUGCACAUGCCUCUUUAUAUUAUUAUAAUAAUCUUAGUAUCUGUAUGAAGAAUUUGAAAAAAAGAAGUCUCAAUUGUAGUAUAAAUUCAUGAAUUCACACUGGCCGUGUGGAUUUGCAAGCCUCACUAUCGUGUGUGAGCUCUGUAGAACAACCUCGUCUUGCAGUGAGGAUUCUGGCCUUUCCUCAGAGCGCCAUACAGGACUUCAAAAGCCGCUGCAAGCACUCCACAUCUCACUGCAUGCUUUAAGAAGAGGAAACGAUUCCUAUGUACAGCUACACUUGGAUGUUGAGUGCAGGAGAGCAACGUGGAUGUAACAAAGCUGUGUGUGAAAAAAUCUGAACGCAAAUCUAUUCUCAGUGUUUAGCAAGCUUUUGAACUGUGGUCAGAUGGGGUAUUAAGUAUGUAUCAUGCUAUGUGACUUUAGCUGUGUCAUCAGCAUCACCACCAAUGCAUUUAUGAUUAAAUGACUUACUAGUACUUAAACAUUCUCUGUUACAAGUAGAAGUCCUCCAUUCAAAAUGUUACAUCAGUAAAAGGCAAAAUGGCAUAAUUAGAUACUUAAAGUAUGAAGAGUAAAAGUAUAUUGAUUAUACAUAAAAAAUGAAGCGGGACCUGUGGCUCUUCAACGGGUCUAGUGGGUUUCUGACAUUGACUCCGACUUAAAAAAAUAUUUUCAUUAUCAAUUAUUCUGUUGAUUAUUUUUCAAAUGACUGAUUUGCCUUUUGCUGUGCACAACGUCAGUAAAAGAGUGCAAGGGGAUAUAUCAAAAUAUAUAUUUUUCUGUCCACACAUUUCAAAACCGAAGUCUAUUCAGUUUGCUGUCAAAGAAGAAUAAAGGAAUUCAGAAAUAUACACAUUUAAGAAGCCGGAGCUAGAUAGAUUUGAAUUAUUUAAAAUAUUUGUUUUGAGAAUUGACUCAAAACGAUGUAAAUGUCAUCUGAAAUAGUUUCCAUUAAUUUUGGGGGAAACAAUUACUCGACGAGUUGUGGCAGCACUACUUUAAUAGUCCAAAAUAAUUGACCAAAACACACUAUUUUGAGGUCUGAGUUUGCAGAAGUGAUACUCUUCCCAUGUUGUAAGUUGUUUGGUUUGACCUGCAUCUGCAGUAGUCGGAAAUGGUAAAACAUUAUUAAAGAAUAAUGGGAAGUUGAUGCGAUCACCUGACUAGCUGCUCCAACGCCUGGAAGUGACUGAGUACCGUUACUGUUGAAAAACAUAUAUCAUAUUUUAGUGAUGAUAAAUGUUGAGAAUUAUGACCCCGCUUAGUCAAAGGAGAGCAAAGUUGAUACAAAUAUUGUGUCAAGGUUUCCCACAAUUUAACAAUAAUCACGAAAGACAAAAAUCUAAUUUGUGAAAUACAUUUUAACACUUCUUCAUUUGAUUUUGAGGCUUCCCCUUUCAUUUGAAUUGGCUCAAAGCGAGUUCAUCCUGCUCACUGUAUCUUCCCUCUGCAGAAGACACACUGGUGACUGUAAAAUGAUACGUCCCGCCACCACAACGCUGACCGUGACCGCUCAUUCUCACAAGGUUGCUGCUGGCUGCAGGGCCGUGUGGAGCAGAAGAUCUGUGCCAUUCCCCCUUUUUUCCUCUCAUGUCCCCCCCUGUGUGUUUCCCUGUGUGUGUUAGUGACCCCCCGCCCACCCCCCACCUGAUUCCUCCUGUCGUGUCACCACUCCAACCUGAAGCCCCCCUCUCACCCCAUGCUUGGGACAAAGCCAGCUCACUGCCAGCCCAAUGACUGCCUGGAUCGUCCUGCCUGUCAGCCUGUCUGCCUUCUCCAUCACAGGAAUAUGGAUAGUGUAUGCCAUGGCUGUGAUGAAUCACCAUGUUUGUCCUGUGGAGAACUGGUCUUACAAUGUAACGUGCACAGAAGAGCUGGCCCGACCGGGCUUCCCCAAGACAUGCUGCACCAUCCAGGACAUCCCCCUCAUCAGUAAAUGUGGCUCCUUCCCUCCUGAGAGCUGCCUGUUCAGCUUGAUCGGCAACAUUGGAGCCUUCAUGGUCGUGAUGGUGUGCCUUCUGCGCUACGCCCAGGUGAUCGAACACAGCCACCGAUGUUGGGUCAACACCAGCGCUCUGGUGUCCGGCUGCACCAACGCUCUGGGUCUGGUCGUGGUGGGCAACUUCCAGGUUGAUCACGCCAAAUCUCUCCACUAUGUGGGUGCUGGUGUGGCAUUUCCAGCAGGGCUGCUGUUUGUGUGCCUGCAGUGUGUGCUCACCUACCGGGUGGCUGUGACCGCCCUCGACUACUGGAUGGCCCAUUUCAGAGUGGCUCUGACACUGGCGGCCAUCAUCUCCCUCGUCCUCAGCGGCAUUUUCUUCAUCCACGAGAGCUUCAUGCUGCAGCACGCUGCAGCCAUCUGCGAGUGGGUCUUCACGGUGGACAUCCUGGUGUUCUACGGCACCUUCACCUACGAGUUUGGCACCGUCACCAGCGAGACCAUGAUGAUAGGCCUGCAUCAGAUCCACCACGGUUCAGGAGUCAUCAUGGGCCCGGGGUCCCGGAGCUCGACACUGGGUGGGGCGACGAAGGGCCUCAAGUCCCCCGGGGGAAGCAGCACAUCCACACAUCUCAACUGUACGCCAGAGAGCAUCGCCAUGUUGUAGCUGUGCAGAGGGGCUCCGUGGGCUCGCACAGAAAGGCAAGACGACAAUGCAACCUGUGGAGGAGCGCCGGAGGCACCGAUCUCUUCUUUCCAAUGUCGGUGCGAGCCGCUGCGGUCAAAUAUCUUGUGGUGAUGUUGAAAGGCGGUGAAGCGCGUGGAGCUGGCUCGAGCACUGGGACCAUGAAUGUUUACCAAGAUGGCGGUUGACUUGGGCAAUUCUUCACUGGAGUCGGUUGUUUCUUGAACAACACUUUCUUUUCUGACUACAUCACUGGUGUGCCCACAAUGGUCCCCCCCCCCCCCCCCCAGACACUUUAGAAACUACCCAAUGCUCAGCCUGGCCCACCUGUUUUGGGCCUUUUGCUUAUCUGCACGGCACCGUUUUAUUGAAUUGAGAGAAUAACUAUUUAUGAUUGAGUAUUGGAUUUGCAUAGGAAGUACAACAUAUUGAAUGUUUGAGACGUGAACAUUUAACAGUUAUGUAUGUUUAACAGGCUGUAAGCAUAUGGCCUUUUACAAUCAAGCGAGCAUCAACUAUCUGUCAAAUGAUUGGCAAAAAUCAUUCAUUUCACUCGACAAUUUAAUAGGUUGCACAUAUGAUUUUGAAUGCAAAUUUGAAUAUUCUUUUAAAUAAUGUAUAUUGAGCCACUAUAAUGCUUGAAAUCAUAAUUCAUGUCAUUGGCGUAGGAGUGCUUGGCUGCUGCGUAACAGCCAGCAGCUCGACUCUGUUGUCAGGACGAGGACCGCGUGCAUCGCCAUCACUCAAGUCGUGUCCCUCGAUGUCAUUCCAUUAUUGUCCCACACGUUGCAUGAUCUGAUUUCUUUUUAUAACAUUUACAUUUCAUGCUAUCUUUUUAUUUCAUUGACUUUGAAGUCCGGUGCAAUAAUGUUCAUCAAUUGUCUGAUAAUUCCCGCUCCCGUUGGAGUGAAUAAUGCCUUUCAGUGUGUUGGAGUUGAACACACUCUCUUUUUUUUUUUUUUUUAAGUGACACCACGUGAUUUUAAGCGACCUACAUAUUCUAGUAAAGUAAGUAGAUGUGAAGGUAAACAUGUAAUCCGACUAACACAUUUACAAAGUAACGUAGUUCUCGCCCACACACUGAUUUGAUUCCAGGCUGGACCCUUGGAAGCCUUAUUUGGGUUCCUGUUGGAUGCGAAGCCCCGCCUCCUCAGCAGGAAGUGGCGUUCACAGGAGUGAGAGGGGAGGGGACUGAUGCAGGCCACGUGCCAUACACGUCAUGGCGUCACGAGAGUGUCAGUGACAGGAAAGUGUGUCGUAUAUUUAGGUUGUGUAUGAUUUCCUGUUGCCAAUUUCUCUUAAAGGUAUAUUCACAAUGAAUUAGUUUAUCACCAGACUGCCACAAACUACUGCUGCUCAAACUUAACUGACUGACGUCACCCGAUCUCGGAUAUCCUCGGACUCCGUUUUGUCGAAGUGAGCCGUUAGAGAAGCUUCAUAACGCACAGUAUUCUGCUGAUGCAUUUUUAACUGUCUAACCACUGGAUGCCAGCAGUGCACGUUUAAAAAGGUCACAUCACCUACCUCUGUUCUCUUGUGGGUUUGAUGUUCUGAAGGAAAAAGCUUGAGUUCCAACAUGUUUUCCAUCUUCGAUGGUUUGAAAAGUGUUUAAUGUGACAGUCGCUCAGCUCCAUCCACGACGUCUCACGAACAAGUGGAGCCGCUGUUCCACGAGCUGCGGACUCGUGUGUCGGGUCAGUUUUAAGGUUUGUGCAAAUUAUUUAACGUCCUUCUGUUUCUGGGACUGCAGCAGUCCUGUCUUCUGCAAAGCUUGCCAAAAAAAGACUGGAAUCCUCUGGAGUUGUGAUUGGUUUUCUGUGUGUCGGCAGCAGGCGUAUGAAUCGAUCAGCCUUAUCCCUCGUGCCAGGGGAACAUGUUCAGACUUGUGUUUGAGUCUUGCGUUCAGCUGUAGCCUCUUCCACCAAACUGUAACCAAGUCACGCGGUGUGACUACAACUAGCAGCUGGUAUUAGCCCUCACAUCAGGGUUGGAUGUAUUCUUUAAAAGCAUCUUUCAUAACGCCGUCUUCCUCAUGCCAACAUUUGAAGGUAUAGGUUUGACAACGGGUUUGUUUUCCUGUCAACAUGUACACUCCAGUAAGCUUUCAUAUGGUAUCUUUGUUGAUGGAAGAAUCCUAUAUUACAAAAAGCUGAUCUGUCCAUGUCUUGAACUCUUCACAUCAACACAGAAGCAAUGUCUAUACAAAUGUAUUACACACAUUUCCUCAAUUUGAAAAAUGUCAAAGAAUGGUAGUCAGAGAAAUCCCCCUAUGUCAACACUGAUUAUUUUGUUUCCUUUUUAUAAAUUCUGUAAAUAUGUACAAUUUGUCUAUCAUUUAGGUAUUUUCAUUUGACAGAGAUUUAUAUUCAAAUAUGAAAUAAAAAUGAUAAAUUAUA